GCUGCGCGGGCGCGGGGAGGGAGUCCGCGGCCCAGUUCCGGGCGCCUGUGAGCGGGCUCACGAGGCUUUCUCGCCUCGGUUUCCGGCCAGUGCACGGGUUGGUAGCCCAGAGGAGGUUAAAGCUGUUCCCUGAGACCUCAGCUGCUAAAUGGAGUCGCAGCAGUGACCCGGUUCCUCCAGCAACGCGGGGCUGACUUCUCGACCGGGGCCAAACCCUGAGCUUGGCACCGUUGAGGGGGGGGUCUCCGAAGGGGAAUCAGACCUGGUCCCUGUCCGUGGAGAAGAGGACAGUGUGUGGGGGCACUUUAUGCCGUGAGUAGCCCCAGCGCCAGGUAGACGUGGUACAGGCCCCAAGAGUGUUGGAAAUCAGGGAAGCCUUCCCAGAGGACGUGCCGUUUGAACCGAGUCGAAGAACGAACCUGUGGGAAUUUUCCAGGUGGACUCCAUAAGCCAGGAUGGAAAGCAGCAUGGGUCUGCCUGCGGAUGAGUGGAAAUCAUACCUGCUUCAAAAGUGGGCUUCACUCCCGAAGUCCAUUCAGCUCACCAUUUCUACAGCAGAGACCUUGAGCGAUAUCUUUCUUCAUUCCUCUUCACUUCUUCAACCUGAGGAUGAACUGUUUCUAAAAAGACUUUCUAAAGGUUACUUGGUGGGAAAGGACUCGGACGCUCCCCUUUUCUACAGAGAACAAGGAAACAAAAAAUUUCAGGAGAAAGAUUACACAGGAGCUGCAGUGCUGUAUUCUAAGGGAGUGUCACAUUCAAGGCCUAACACUGAGGACAUGUCGCUGUGCUAUGCUAACCGCUCGGCAGCCCUCUUCCACCUGGGUCAGUACGAGACGUGUAUUAAAGACAUUAGCAGAGCACAGACGCAUGGCUAUCCAGAAAGACUGCAGCCCAAGAUCAUGUUACGUAGAGCAGAAUGUCUGGUGGCCCUGGGGAGACUACAGGAGGCAAGCCAGACCGUCGGUGAUCUUGAAAGGAACUUCACGGCCACACCAACCCUAGCAGAUGUCCCCCGUCAGACUCUGCAGAGAAACCUCCAUCAUCUGAAAAUGAAGGUACAGGAAAAGGAGAAUCCCACAGAAACCUUCCCAGCAACUCUGGCCAAAACCCUUGAGGAUGUGGCGCUCAGGGGAGAGAAUGAACGACUUUCCAACGCCUCAUCAUCCGUCGGCUUGUGCAUAGAUCCUUUAAAAGGUCGCUAUCUUGUUGCCACGAAAGAUAUUCUCCCAGGAGAGCUCCUGGUGAAGGAGGAUGCUUUUGUGAGUGUUCUCAACCCUGGAGAACUGCCACCACCGCAUCAUGGCCUAGACAGCCAGUGGGACACCAGAGUCACCAAUGGGGACCUCUAUUGUCACCGAUGUUUGAAGCACACUUUGGCCACAGUUCCGUGUGACGGAUGCAGUUAUGCCAAGUAUUGCAGCCAGGAGUGUUUGCAGCAGGCCUGGGAGCUCUACCACAGGACAGAAUGUCCUCUGGGGGGGCUGCUUCUCACACUGGGUGUCUUUUGCCACAUUGCCCUGAGGUUGACUCUUGUGGUGGGAGUUGAGGAUGUUCGCAAAAUCAUGAAGAAGCUUUGUGUUAAGAUUAGUAACAAGGACAUCUGUUUACCAGAAAGCGACAAUCAGGUCAAGACACUUAAUUAUGGCCGAGGAGAGAGUGAGAAAAAUGGCAAUGUGGUUGAGACCCAGAUUCCUGGAUGCGAUGCUAAUGGGAAGUAUGACAGUAAUUAUGAUGCUGUCUUCAACCUUUUGCCCCAUACUGAAAACCACAGCCCGGAGCACAAAUUCCUCUGUGCUCUCUGUGUUUCUGUACUGUGCAGGCAGCUAGAAGCAGCCAGUUUACAGGCCAUCCCAACAGGUGUGAACUCCUCUCAGCUCACAGCAGCAGUGACACCUGAGUCGUGUCCCGACGUGACUAUUUGUGGAGUGGCAAUGCUGAGGCACAUGUUACAGCUGCAGUGUAAUGCUCAGGCGAUAACCACCGUACAACACACAGGAUCUAAAGGGAGCAUCGUUACUGACAGCAGGCAGGUGCGCCUUGCCACAGGCAUCUUCCCCGUUAUCAGCCUCCUGAACCACUCCUGCAGCCCCAACACCAGCGUGUCCUUCAUUAGCACUGUCGCCACCAUCCGCGCAUCACAGCGGAUUGGAAAGGGGCAAGAGAUUCUCCACUGCUAUGGGCCUCACAAGAGCCGGAUGGGGGUUGCCGAAAGGCAGCAGAAGCUGAGGUCUCAGUAUUUCUUUGACUGCACCUGUCCAGCUUGUCAGACUGAGGCACACAGGAUGGCUGCAGGCCCCAGGUGGAAAGCAUUCUGUUGCAACAGUUGCAGAGCUCCCAUGCAGGGAGAUGGCGUGCUGCGCUGUGGCAACAGAUCUUGUGCAGAAUCCGUCGUCAGCAGAGAUCACCUAGUCUCUCGGUUACAGGACCUUCAGCAGCAGGUCGGAGUGGCCCAGAAGCUUCUCAGAGAUGGUGAACUAGAGCGAGCCGUUCAGCUGCUGUCGGGGUGCCAGCGUGAUGCCGAGAGCUUCCUGUGGGCAGAACACGCCAUGGUGGGAGAGAUCGCGGACGGCCUGGCCCGGGCCUGUGCUGCGUUAGGGGACUGGCAAAAGUCAGCCACCCACCUACAGAAGAGUCUCCGCGUGGUGGAGGUUCGCCACGGGCCGUCCAGCGUUGAAAUGGGCCAUGAGCUCUUCAAACUGGCCCAGAUCUUCUUCAAUGGGUUUGCAGUACCCGAAGCCCUGAGCGCAAUCCAGAAGGCUGAGGAGGUUCUGUCGCUGCACUGUGGCCCGUGGGACGAUGAAAUCCAGGAGCUCCAGAAGAUGAAAUCCUGUUUAUUGGACUUACCACCCACCCUUGUAAGGUCUUCAGUUUAGGGUCCCAAGGGGAUUUUGACCCACAGGAAAGGAGCCCGUGGAACACAAGGUAAAGAGGUUAUGGCCGGGCGCGGCAGCUCACACCUGUCAUCCCAGCACUUUGGGAGGCCAAGGCGGGCGGAUCAUGAGGUCAGGAGAUCAAGACCAUCCUGGCUAACACGGUGAAACCCCGUCUCUACUGAAAAUACAAAAAAUUAGCCAGGCGAGGUGGCGGGCGCCUGUAGUCCCAGCUACUCGGGAGGCUGAGGCAGGAGAAUGGCGUGAACCCGGGAGGCGGAGCUUGCAGAGAGCCGAGAUCGCGCCACUCUACUCCAGCCUGGGCAACAGAGUGAGACUCCGUCUAAAAAAUAAAAAAUAAAGAGGUUUUGUUUGCCAGCCGGGCACGGCGGCUCACGGCUGCAAUCCCGACACUUUGGGAGGCUGAGGGGGGCAGAUCACAAGGUCAGGAGUUCGAGACCAGACUGGCCAACAUGGUGAAACGCCGUCUUUACUAAAAACACAAAAACUAGCUGGGCGUGGUGGCAGGUACCCAUAAUCCCAGCUACUCGAGAGGCUGAGGCAGGAGAAUCUCUUGAACCCAGGAGGCGGAGGUUGCGGUGAGCUGAGAUCGCUCCACUGCAUUCCAGCCCGACGACAGUGUGAGACUCCAUCUCAAAAAAAAAAAUAAGAGGUUCUGUUGCAGGGUGUGGGUUCUGUGGAUCAGGUGCGGGUUCUGCGGACCAGGUGUGGGUUCUGUGUAGGUUCUGCAGGCCCGGUGUAGAAGCUUACAUCUGUGAUCCCAGUACUGUGAGAGGCUGAGGUGGGAGGCUCACGCCUGUAAUCCUAGUACGUUGAGUUGGCCGGGUGUGGAUGCUCACGCCUGUAAUCCCAGUACUUUGAGACACUGAGGUGGGAGGAUCGCUUGAGCCCAGGAGUUCAAAACCAGCCUGGGCAAUAUAGUGAGACCGUAUCGCUACAAAAAAAAUUUUUUUAAUUCACCAAGCAUGGUGGCACAUGCCUGUAGUCCCACCUACUCGAGAAGCUGAGAUAGGAUCACCUGAGCCUGGCAGACUGAGGCCGCAGUGAGCCAAGAUCGCACUAUUGCACUCCAGCCUGCGUGACAGGGUAAGACCCUAUCUCAAAAAAAAAAAAACUAAACUAAACAGGUUCUGUUGCUGCUGAGCUUUCAACAGGAGACGGGACUUUCCCAACAGUCCCAAGCCUGGGAUACGAGGGCUGGGGGGACUCAGAAACCAUUGCAGUCAGAGAGACAUGUAUUUUGGUGGAUAUUUCUUGAAAUGGUUAAGUGGCCUCCAAUACAAACUCCCAGUUCCCAGAAAAGACUUAAAACUAGUAUCUGGAGAGUCCAAGUCCUUUAAAAGGAUUUUAGCUGAUCUGCAGGCAUCUGGAGGUUAGCCUGGGGUUUUGGCUGGAUUCCACCUCACUCGAUGAUGAUAGUCUGUUUCCCUGGAACAUUCCUGUGGUUUUAGUAGUAAUGAGAUGUGUGCACCACUCCAGUGGGAGCUGAAACUCUUAGUAGUUACACUGUAAUUGAAAAAUAAUUGUAAAACAAGGAAUCAGUAAGGCGACUUACCUCCAGAGACACUGGGUUCCACUUACGGCAUCUAGCUUCCCCGAAUCCUUUGUGAAAAUCGGUGGAGUAUAAAUUGUGACUAGAGAAGUGAAUAUGGAGUCAUUGUAUUGAGCAGUUUCCUCCAGGGAUGGCGGCUCUCAGUGUGUUUCCUGCCAGUUUUCCAGUCCUUAUUCUCUGCCCUUCAUUCUGUACUCUUGGCAGAGUCACUAACCAAACACUAAUAAAAUCAAACUUGUAGUAAAGACUUUAUAACACAUA